AUGGGGGUGCUCUUCGCGUUCUUGGCGCCUCCGUCGGGUCGUCUUGUAGGACCGAUCUUUGCCAUCCACUUGGUCACAGCCAGCCUCUUCACGUGGAUCAUCAUUUUCAACGUUUAUCACUCGCCCUCGCAAUGGGCGACAUUACCGUAUCGUGCACAUUGUGCUGGGUCGAAUGGCGAUGGUGGCGGGGCUGGGGGGUGCUUGCAGGUGGACGCCCAGCUGCUUGGGUGGUACCAAAUUCGUCGAAAAGACGUCAAGGGGCACAAGAUUUCGAUGGUGCUCACGUUCUACUACGGCUGCCUCAUUCCAAUGUGA